ACUUUACGGGAAUCCUGAAAUCCCGUGAGGUCGUGAACACUCUCGUUCCUUCGAUUUCCUCUGUGCUGCAUCGUUGCAACUUGCAUUUGCAGCUGUUCGGUGCGUGUGGUGGAUUCGAUGCUUUUCAAGUUCGGGGGGGUAUUGUUUAUAUUGGCGGGUAAAAGAACAUUUAUUCAAUUGACGAUAUUAUCUGAUUGAUAGUGAUAGUGAUAAUAAAUAAUUUUCUUGACACUUAUGAUUUAACCAGCUCGGACUUCAUCAAUGGAAAAUAAAGAGAAGUUAGAAUGGAAGAGGCCGGAGGAAGUGAUGCAGUUGCAUCGUUUAAAAAUGAGAAAACGUGCGCUUCAGGCACGUAUCAACAACGUACGUUUAAACUCGACCACCGCAGAGAUUUCGGAGAAAUCCAGUCCUGUCCCUGGCCUCUUUGUGUCUCAAAAACGUAAAAAUCCUUUCGUUAAGGACGAGGCAAAUAAGAAACCAAAUAUAACACCUCCAGACUUAGAAGUUAGCAAUGACAGUACUUUGUUCGAAUUAUUGAAAAUCGAUCCGCCAAAGGUGGCAGAAGCAGAAACUUCUUUUGAAAAUUGUCCUUUAACAUUCAGUAAUGCAUUUCUAAGACCAGACAAAAUCAAGGAUAUGGUAGAAUUAGAAACAGUGAAAGGCGAGAAGUACAUUCCAAUCGAUUGGACUCUGAAAAGUAAGAUGAGAUUCAUGUCUCCAAAACCAUUUCCGUGGAAUUGUAAAUUAAGGACUAGUGAAGAGGCAUCGGGUACAACCGGUUUUGUAAGAUGUUUGAAUAUCAGCGAGCAAGAUUCAACUUUAGAUACUAGCCCGAAUGCAAGACUGCACAGAUGUUGUUUAAUAUGGCAACAUCCCUCUAUACCCUGGCUAGACCUAUUCCCUCGCUCUGCUGGCAAAGUGAGUGCAACUUUAGUGAACAAUUCGAUCAUAACGAAUAACACAGCGAUCAAAGAAGCUUUGUACAAAGAAUGGUGCGAAAGUUUUCGAUCACUGUUCAAUUUGCUAAGAGCACGACAGUGCCCAUAUUUUUACGUUUGCGCAAACAAUUUCACCGUAUUGUUCCGUGCCGCUGGGAUUUGCGGAGUUUCAGAAGCUCACGCGCUUCUAACGCCUACGACCCGUGGUUUUCGACAGCUUCUGAAUCAAGAAGAAAUCGAGUACACGAUGCCUUUAAGAAAAGAUAAUAGACGACGAUCGGAUGGAACCGAUUCCGGAUGUGACACGUUGGAUUCGACCACAACGAAUACCGCGUCGUACAAGGAACAUGAAAAUAUCGAUGACGAGGAAGUCGAAACGCAAGACGAAUGGCUGCAAAGUCUUGGAGUCGAAAAUGCAGAGAUUCGUAAAAUCAAUAGUUCUCAGGCGAGAAUAACUUUGGAGAAACAAACUGACAUAGACAAUUUGAAGCAGUCUCUCGUUUUUGUAAAGGGCGUGGAGGCACAAGCAUUAUUUAAUUUCUUAAUUAACUGUAAAUCUGCCAUCACGACCAACGGCCCGUUAGCGGGAGUGCCUCCUACAUUGUUGGCUCCAGUGGCAUUUCACGGUGCAAUGUUAAGGCCAAUCAAGGUCAGAGAAAGCGUAGUACGCGUCGACAACGAAAGAUUCUUUUCUUUGGAAUUAAAAGGACCUCUUUUACCACACGUCCUACCUUCUCUUUGUUCCUUGAUGAAAUCUAGUCAGAUGGAGAAGUACUCCGCGAGUUGCGCUCGGUUGGAUUCUACAACUUCAUUCUCGGAUGUUAAACACGAAAUCGGUAGGCUACUUUUUCUUAUAAGAACUGUUCCCGUUGCAUUUAUAUACCGUCUCACCGAUCGUAUCUUUUCAGAUCAAAAAGAAUCGAGCAACGUUUUAAAAAUUUCGGAGAACGUUUUCGGCAAGGAAAAUUUAAGCGACUGUGGCUUCACCAACGAAUUAGUUAAAUACUUUUGUAAUCCCGAUUCAACUCGUAUCGAAGUAAUAGAGAACAUCAAAUAUUCAAAUAAUUUGUAUACGUGGUCGUGACAAAUAAUCGCAUUAAUGUUAUUAGUUGUAAAACGAUUUAAUUAAGUAUGCUUUAAAUUAAUUCGGGCAGCUGCGUGUUUGUAAAUAAAUAUAAUCAGAACGGUAAUACGAAUUACCCUUUAUUAGUUAAUAUGUAUAGUAUAACUUGAUCGGUUGACCGUAGAGCUGAGCUACGUAUUUAUAUAUUUUUAACGAUCUAACAAAUACCUAUUAAGUGGCAAAUCUUUGUGUUUAUAUUGAUCAUGAAUAAUAGCAAGUUGUGCUGCGCAAUGUAAAUUGUUACAUGGUACAUAUACCAUUAGCGAUAACUCGAACGUAUACGCAGUUUAUAACAAAUGGUUUAUAAGAUUUAUAAGAAAAUUCGAAUAAAUUAUAUAUGUAUACACUGUA